AUUUGUAGGUAUUCUUUUUAUUGCAAAUUUGAAAUGAUCGUUUUAUCAUGUCCAGUUUUUAAUUUUUGUAUUACAUUUUCGAUUUGAAAUUUUUUAAUUCAAGUUUUGGGAAAUGUAGUAACGAAUUCGGUUUCAAGAUGCCCCUGCAGACCGGUUAUUAUCCAAAUUAUUAUUCCAUUGACGAUAUCUUGGCAACGCAAGAACGAACUCCUUGCAAAUUUCUCAUGAAUGUUCCAAAGAUGGGGCACCUGAAUCCAUCAGUUCUGGAAAAAGACUUAUCAGCUGGAACGUCGCUGGAGUUACCGAUAUGGUUGGUUCGGGAAAUGUCUUCAGGUCGUCAGCCAAUCGUGUCACCAGAUUUACCCAAGAUAUUCAAGGAGUCUUACAGGGAAAUCCUCAAAGCUGAUGCAGCUGCAGUUGAUCUGCAUAAGUUCAGCUUAUUUUUUUAUGAGAUGGGAGCUCAUGUAAAACAUUUUGACCGCAAAGGCGAUGUACAUGAAAUUUUGUUACACACAUUCAAAACACGUUUCAGGCAGCUGAUGGACCUUGCUGAUAAUUCAAUAUCGGAUCCUUCCGUCCAGGAACGUUUAGAUUCUUUGGAGCGAAGAGUUUUCCAAGACGCCUCUAAAGCAAGGACGAAGCUGAACACUUGGUUGGUGGAUUCAGGUGCAUUAUUAGAAGCAGCAAAUAUGGUUGUAAAUCACAAGAAACGGAAAAGGAUAAAUAUGGAGGAAUUGUUGUGAAUAGUUUUGAAAUAUAUAAUUAACAUUCAAUAAUUUUAUGUAUAAGUGGGGUUAUGCAAAGAAAGGUGUAUACAUUUCAGAGUUUGGCAAAUAUGUCAAGAUUCUUUCGAAUGAUCUCAUUGAUACAGUUCAGCUAAAAGUUCCUCCAAGAUAAGCAAUGAAAAAAAUGUUGGUACUGCUAUUUUCUGUGAAUCAUAUUGAUACAUUUUUUUUAUUAAAUAUGAUGAAAACUCUGUUCGUCUGAACAACAGGAACAAGUUUUUCAUGUUCUCUUUUA